CCGUUUCCAAGCCAUGGCGACCUUGAGCUCCAGGACCAGUUCAUUGUGCUGGUUAUAUCUUGAAAAGCUCCGUCUGGAGGAGGAAGAGGAGCAGGUCUUGUUUGUGAAAGAGAUGGCUGAGAAGGAGAAGGGUCCUUUUGAAUCCAGUCAAAUGCAGUGGCCCAAGUGGAUCACACAGGAAGAAUGCUCCAGUACACCAUGUGGAGUUGAGCUGAGUGGAGAAGGAAUGUCCUCCUCAAGGAGAGGCAGCAUAAGGACUGAGCCUAAGUGUACAAGGACAUCUCUUCACCCUGAUGGACUCAGAACACCUUCUGGGAGGCUAGAUCAGGUGACCUUUGAGGAUGUGGCUGUGGAUUUCACAGAGGAGGAGUGGGCCCUGCUGGAUCCAGGCCAAAAGGCCCUUUAUUGGGAAGUGAUGGAGGAGAUUCUGGGGACCCUGUCCUCUCUGAGCAGUAAUGGACAACUAAAAAAGUGUCAUAAGAAACCAUGCCAAGCAUUGAUGCAAAGAGACCUGUGCAAACAGACAAAAGAGAAGGAAAUGAAAACUGACGCAGAAAACGAGUGGAGAGCCAUAAUCCAAGGAAGAAUACAGAAACAAAAGAAAAGAAGUAAAUAUCUUUGCCUUGACCACGACAGAAGGUUCAGUUCUAAAGCAACUUUUAUUCUUCGCAGGAGAAUUCACACAAAAGGGAAAUCAUUCAAAGGUGGUGAGUGUGGAAACACCUCCAGUUUUAUUUCAGUUAAACAAGUUAACAGAAGAAUGAGACCAUUCAAAUGCCUAGAGUGUGGAAAAGCUUUCGCUCAGAAGCCAGUCCUCACUCGUCACCAAAUAACUCACACAGGAGAGAAACCCUUUAAAUGCCUGGAGUGUGGAAAAGCUUUCGCUCACAAGACAGACCUCACUCGUCACCAAGUGACUCAUGCAGGAGAGAAACCCUUUAAGUGCCUGGAGUGUGGAAAAGGUUUCGCUCAGAAGGCAGUCCUCACUCGUCACCAAGUAACUCACACAGGGGAGAAACCCUUUAAAUGCCUGGAGUGUGGAAAAGUUUUCACUCAGAAGACAGACCUCACUCGUCACCAAGUAACUCACACAGGGGAGAAACCCUUUAAAUGCCUGGAGUGUGGAAAAGGUUUCAUUCAGAAGAGAGGCCUCUCUUCUCACCAAGUAACUCACAGAGGAGAGAAACCUUUCAAAUGCCUGGAGUGUGGAAAAGGUUUUGCUCAGAAGACAGACCUCACUCGUCACCAAUCAACUCACACAGGAGAGAAACGAUUUAAAUGCCUUGAGUGUGGAAAAGAUUUCACUCUGAAGAGAGACCUCACUCGUCACCAAGUAACUCACACAGGAGAGAAACCCUUUAAAUGCCUGGAGUGUGGAAAAGGUUUCACUCAGAAGGCAGUCCUCACUCGUCACCAAGUAACUCACACAGGACAGAAACCCUUUAAAUGCCUGGAGUGUGGAAAAGUUUUCACUCAGAAGACAGACCUCACUCGUCACCAAGUAACUCACACAGGGGAGAAACCCUUUAAAUGCCUAGAGUGUGGAAAAGGUUUUACCCGGAAGACAGACCUCUCUUCUCACCAAGCAACUCACACAGGAGAGAAACCUUUUAAAUGCCUGGAGUGUGAAAAAGGUUUCACCCGGAAGACAGACUUCACGCGUCACCAAGCAACUCACACAGGAGAGAAACCCUUUAAAUGCCUGGAGUGUGGAAAAUGUUUCGCUCAGAAGACAUACCUCUCUUGUCACCAAGCAACUCACACAAGACAGAAACCCUUUAAAUGCCUGGGGUGUGGAAAAUGUUUCGCUCGGAAGGCACACCUAUCUUUUCACCAAGUAACUCACACAGGAGAGAAACCCUUUAAAUGCCUGGAGUAUGGAAAAGGUUAUACUAGAAAGACAUAGCUCACCUAUCAUAAAAAAAC